AUGUUUAAGCUUACUCGUGCUUUCGUCGUCGCCGCCGUCCUCAGUAGCAGCGUAUUAUGUGCGCCUGUUCCUCAAGACCUUGGUAAGCCUAUCAGUGCUGGCCAAUCCGCCGAUCCGUCUGCGCACGCGAGCAGUGUAUUCGGCACCACCGCACAGGACCCCAACUACCAGUCUCGUCCCACCGCACUUUGCAUCGUCCCUGACAUGGCCAAGGAUGCUGGACUCUCACAAGGUCAGGAGCAGCUGGUAGUCAAGCAGGCACUCGAGCUGUGCCCUCAGGCAAAGACAAUUGCUGUCUCGUCAAAGAGCCCAAAGCGCAGCCGACAAGUCCCCAAUGGUGGCGUACCAGCACCUCCACCCGUCCGUGAGCCUCAGCCAGGUGCCCCUCACGCGGUUCGUUCAGUCAAUGACCAACCUCUAAACGUGGAAGCUCCUCAGCCACCACUCCCCAAGCCUGUUCCCGCUGUUCCCGCUGUUCCCGAGCCACAUGUAGCCCGCGACCUCCCACCUAACCCCGAACCUGUUCCACACUUUUCACCCGAGCCACUUCCUGCCGUACCUCACCAGGUCGCCUCUCGCUCUCCGCCUACUCCAGCACCGAACCCCCAGGUGCCCCCUCAACCAGAGCCUAUGCACCCUCACCCGGUCGCUCGGACAGAUGCGGGGAAACCGCCAAAGGACGAGCAACCUCCGCGUCCGCUGCCAUCGCCUGUUCCAGAAGCCCCUCGGCCGCAUGUGGCCCGGUCCAAAGGUCAACCCCAGCCCGUUCAUCAGCCCGAACUUCAGCCAGUACCCGAGGCAGCUCCCCAGCCAGAUGCUCCUCAUCCCCGUGUAGCUCGUUUUGAACACCCCCAGGUCACGCGCCCGAACACUGAGCUCCCACCCCAGUCGAUUCCUCAGCCAGACGGACCUCUCCCAGUUGAGCAUUGA